AGCUGUUGAGCAAUUUAUGUGCAUUUUUCCACCACGCUCCUGCGCUGAUGCUGAGCCCAGUGUGCUGGUCUGAGCCCGGUGGAUGGAUGGGAGUGGCUGUGGCACUGUUCACACUGGCAGCCAGUGAGCGGAAGAUUUGUAAUCUCUGUCACAAAGCCGCCCUGCCAUUGGCUUCUACGAGGAAGCUGCCGCCAGAGAGUCAGAGAGGCGACGAGCUGCGGGGAAGGUCCCGGGCUGUCUCUCCUCCACGAUGAGCCGGACUCAGAACCUCCUUCUCCGCACUUGACGCGCGAACCCGUCUUGAACUUAACGCGGCUCCAACCUCUAGUCCUCCGGGCGACGUUUUUCCUCUUCUUCCUCCUCUUCUUCCUUCUUUGCACGUUUUAGUCGCCGAGGCGCCUCUUUCUGAAGGACGAAUGACACCGGCUCACCUCAUGAUUUCAUUCCGCUGAAAAGCCCCCGCGAGGCGGCACAACAGUUUCUCUCCAUGGCGUCUCCGCAACAGUCGAGAAUUCAGUCGUAUCUGGAGAAGAAUAAAAUCGGACCCUUGUUUGAGGAGUUGAUGACCAAAUUGAUAACUGAGACUCCAGACCAUCCAAUCCCUUUUCUCAUUGAUCACCUGCAGACCAAGCAAGACAGCCCCGGAAAGCUGCACAGAGCUCUCUCUGGCUCCGCAGCACUGUGGGCGCAGAGCUCCCCAGAAAGCAAAAACACUCGAAGGGAGUACAGCAGCUAUGAGAAGCCGUGGCAAAUUCACCCAAAGAAACCGAAAAAAUCAAAGAGCGACCUGGCCGUUUCCAGCAUCUCUCCACCUUCGCCUGAAUCCAAGUCCUUGCCGCGCUCGGUCGAGUGCCCGUCCUGGGACUGGAGGGAGAGCCGUGACUUUGACGAGCUCAACCACAUUUUACGGGAGAGCAAGAAACUUGGCAAGGCCCUGGAGAGCCUGUCACGAAGCAUCGCCAUCUCUGAUGAGCUUGACCAGAACUUGGGGGGAUACAACUCAGUUCUGCGGCCUCGAGUAAUCGGGGAGUGGGCUGGUCGGGAAGAGGACGACGCGGACCCUCUCGCCGCCGAGAUGCUGCACCCCCCUGUCCCACGGGCCAAGACCGAAGUGUGCUGGAGUGGAGACAGCAGCCCCGCUGGGAGCCUGAAGAUGGAGGCAAAAAGCAAAGGGUUGAAGGAGCAGCAGCAGCAUCACAAGAAGCUCCUGGCAGCCAUGUUGUCCCAGGACUCCUUUGACUCGGUCAACAGCCCCGCCCCCUCCGUCGUGGAGGAGGAGAUCGAGGACGAGGACGACGCCAUGGAGCUUCUGGAGGACCUGGACGACCUGCGGAUGGAGGGUGUGACGGGGCUGGCUCCAUCCGGCAGUAAGUUCAGCCAGGGACGAAGCUCCUAUCAGUCAGAACCACAGGCCAAAGUUACACUCAACAUCUGCUCUAGGUGUGCCAGGUUGCAAGGGGACACUUUAUCGGACAGCAGAUCUGAAGAGGAGCACAGGCCUCACAUAUCUGAACAAGCUGUACCUGACAUCUCCUCUCCAUUGCCCGGGGUGGACACACUGGCGGGACGACUGCAGGAAUGCGAGGCCUUAUCUCAAGUGUCAGGCUCUCGUCAGGCUGUCUGGGAGGCUGAUCUGAAGGCUGUGAGAGGUGGGAGCUCUGUCGGGCAGACGGGGCUGCUACUGGGCGACUCCCUCUUUUCCAAAGAGCUGGAGAACAUGGGCAAACAGCUCGCUGAGGUCGAAAAGGAUCUGGCCAAGCUGGCAGAAGUGGGGAAGAUGACGAGUCGGAGCUCCAACAGUCCGCACAGUAGCCUACUCCACACCCCUCUGCUCCACAGGACGCUACCUGACACGCUUCCCCUCCCCAGCCUCGCCUCCAGGCCCCAGUCUCCAGCCGGCAGCCUCUCGGGGAAGCCCUGCGGCGUGGGCCUCCCCUUGCUUAGCCCCAAGCCCACCACUCUGGUCAUGGGUCGGACUCAGUCUCCCAGCAACCCCGGGAGCAGGACUCAAACGCCCAGGACACCCAGCAGGCCCAUAACCCCGAAUAGUUUACUGACACGCUCCAGCUUUAACUCCGGACCUCAUAAAGAGGUGACCUUCAGGAGGUCGCGGAGCCGCCCUGUGACCCCCACGAGUCAGCCAAUGCAUCCCAGACCGCUGCUCACCCCUCCAGGACUGAGCACUACCGACAGCCUUGGUGCCAGCCUACGGGCCUACCUGUCUGAGGAUGAGUUUUACCAGCAGUUGCAGGCCAUCAGGCAGCCUUGGCAUAUUCCCAGUGACACAGACAGUGACAUCCUGGAGCCCCCGGAACAGGACAGGAGUGGUUCACGAGAUGCCAAUAAGAGAUCAGUGUUUUCAGGGCUAUAGUGACGAGGACCAGAGUCGCUGAUCCAAUCAAACUAUUAUGCAAACCACUGGACAUUUUGAAUAUGUGUACACAGACAGUUAUUUUUAUAAUUCACAUGAAUGAAAGAAAAAAAAAAACAAGAUUGUAUACUUUUUUCACAGAUAUUUCCUAGACAUUGUACUGUACCUGUAUGAUAAAAUGUCAAACUAUUACUUCAGAGUAAGGAAUAUGCCAUUUAUUUUUGUUUGCUCUAUAGCAUGCUAUUGAACUUCUAUAAGGGAUCCAGAAAACAGAUGCAUUUGUCAUGGAUAGACUCUUUUUCUAUAGGCCUAGUGCAUAUUCACAUUGUGAAGGCAGCACACUCAUGUUAAGAAGGUGUUUAUGGACACGCACUGUUAAACAGAAAAAAUAAAUAAUAAUAAAGAUUUAGUGUUUUUCAGGUAGCAAAUACACAGUUUGUUGAGGGAAUACAUGGAAUGCUGUUAUAUUAAUUAAAAGGAUCUGGUGUA